GUCCUUGAAAGAGAACACUUCAACUACUUCCAAAAUGGAAGUGAUCCAUGCAUCUAUAAAAUCAGGCCAUUCCUUCAACUUCUUCUGCUCACCGGAUUCUCUCCCUUCCAUCGACAACUUUCUGAAAGAAAAAAAACCUUCUUAAUUAUAUCUGCUUUCCCCUCUAUCAUCCAUCAGUCAUGGACACUGAAAUUUCAACAUCUACAAGACGUGUUCCACCGGCUCACUAUUUGAUGAAAGUUCAGUCGUACAGCUUGCUAUCAAACUCAUCAAAUGGAAAAUACGAUAGUUCUCCUUUCGAGGCUGGGGGCUACAAAUGGAGAUUGUCAUUUUAUCCAAAUGGAGACAAAAGGUUCAAUACUAACAACGACCACAUAUCUCUCUACUUGACAAUAUGUGAAACGGGUGUUCUUCCUAGUGAAGUAAAUGUCAUCUUCAUAUUGUUUGUGUAUAAUCAUAUGCACGAUAAUUACUUAACCGUCCAAGCUAUGAGGCGUUUCCAUGAGAUGAAGAAGGAAUGGGGUUUUGAACAACUAGAGUCACUCAAAAAUUUCAAAGAUUUAUCCAAAGGAUAUCUGUUUAACGACUCUUGUGCAUUUGGGGCUGAGGUUUUCGUCAUAAAUCAGACUACUCUCAACUCCGAAUCUCUUUCUGUAUUUAAAGAUGAACAAAUAAGUAAUCCUACUUACCGUUGGGAGAUUGAGGAGUUCUCCGAGAUGGACAAAUCUCAUUACUGUUCUCAAAAGUUUAGUUCUGGAGGAGCAAAGUGGUAUUUAAGUGUAUAUCCGAAAGGUCGUGGAAAUAGAAACGGCAAAUCAUUUUCAAUGUUUUUAAUGUUAGCUGAUGGUAGCGCUCCAAGCAACUCAAUUUAUGCUGAGUACCGUCUGCGAGUAAUUGACCAAGUCAAUUCUAAACACAGAGAGCGUUCAGCCAAUAAUUGGUUUAGUCGUGGUAGAGGUAAUUGGGAUUACGUCGACUUUAUAUUACUAGAAGAUCUUUAUAAAUCUUCGAAUGGUUACGUUGUGAAGGAUACUUUAAUUCUGGAAGUUGACUUCUUGGUCAUCUCACAAACUGAAAUUUCUGCCAAACCCGAAGUUGAAUUCUAGAGAGCCAAGAUAAAAUAGUUUUUAAUCUUCUGUUUAUUUACUAGUAUUUUAUUAUUAAUUUUUUAAAAAAGGAACCUUUUCCAUUAGUAGUUUGUCGUUGCAUGUUAUAAUCUCUUAAUUAAUUUUAAUUAUAAUUUUAUGUUAGAUUUUUGCA